UUUUCUAGUUGUUCUCGAAUGGCAUGAGAGAGUCAAAGCAGCAACAAGUAACUCUAAGGAUUCAAGCCUCAGAUGAAGCUUCCCUCAUGGAUUUGUUGAACUUUAUGUAUAGCAAUACUCUAACAAGAACUACUCCCUGUGCUUUGCUGGAUGUGUUGGUGAUUGCUGACAAAUUUCAGGUUGCUGCAUGCUUGAGGUACUGCAGCCAAUUAUUGCUGAAAUUGCCGAUGGACUAUGAAUCAGCCUUGCUUUAUUUGAAUCUUCCUCCAACUGUUUUAAUGUCUGAUUCAGUUCAGCCACUUAAAGAAGCUGCCAGCAAGUUCCUUGCUGCACAGUUCAGGGACAUAGGCGGGUUUCAGGAAGAGGUACUUGACCUGCCUUUAGUUGGUAUUGAAGCAGUUCUCUCCAGUGAUGACUUGCAGGUAGCAACAGAGUACGAUGUAUACGAUAUUGUGCUGAAGUGGGCUCGUAAACAUUACCCAAAGUUGGAGGAAAGAAGAGAGAUAUUGAAAACGCAUCUGCUUCGCCUCAUUCGUUUUCCACUAAUGAUUACCGGAAAUCUGAAAGAAGUCCUUACUUGCAAUGACAUUGAUCCUGAACUAGCUUCAAGAAUUGUUCUCGAGGCUCUAUUUUUCAAGGCCAAGACUUCUCAUCGACAGCGCUAUCUUGCAGCAGAGUGGGUCAACUUUACAACACGCCAUUACUUGGUCCAACGCGCAUACAAAUUUUGGCCAAUUCAGGUAGUUGAAUUUGAACUGCCUCGUCCACAUAGCAUCGUUUAUUUUGAUCUUAGAAAGGAAGAAUGUCUACGUCUCUUCCCAACUGGUCAAGUCCACUCGCAGCUUUUUCACUUGGGCAGGCAACAAAUUUACUUGACUGGCCAAUGCAGCAUCCCGGGCCAUCAUAACUUUGUUCAUUCUUUCGGACUGUUUUUCUUUGUCGACGGGCCAAGAUCAGCUGCCUGUACUGUUGUCUAUGAGCUUGCAUCAAGAACAAAGCCCUCUGAGGAGUUUGUGACCUGGUGGAGAGGAGCAUACAUAUUCGACGGAGGAAAGAAGACCAUUGGACACCACAACAUGUUUGGUGUCCCGUGGACGGCAUUUGUAGCUGAUGGAAGCCCUUUCUUCAUCAAUGGCAUUCUCCAUCUGAGGGCUGAGCUCACAAUCGAGAAGGAAAGCAACGAAGACGACCUGUAUGGAGGGCUGCUCGGCAUAUUAGAGGAAUUGGAUGGAUGAGGAAUGAUGAAGUCCAAUGGCUGAUCUUUCGUAUUACUCGGCUGAAUCUUUUUGCUACGGUUAAUGGAACUGCUGUAGGAAACAUCAUGCACAUAUUAAGGAUCUUGGUUUCUUGUUGCUUUACUGAUCAAACAUAAACUACUGUGGGAUGGUAAGCCUUUGUAUAAAUAGGACCUGAGAAUGACUGUGAGAUGAAUACAGCCGGUUGUUUCUUGAAAAUUGAUUUUCUGAAAAAGUAUACAAAGUUAAUGAAGAGAAGGUGGCAAUUAUUCUA